CGCUGAACUGGUUCGGACCUUGUCUAGGGCCAAGCCAGUGCACACAUCUCAGUUUGUGCACAUCCAUAGAGGCCCGUUUCCAACCUCAAUGCUGCCUUGGAGAUACGUCAUGGGGCCCUGAAUACUGCUCUAAUAAACUUGGACUGGAUUAUCCCCAAUGGCCUAUAAUUAGGGUUCCGAAGAAUUAAGUUUUGGAACGUCUUGUCCUUCUUGUUUGCUGUUCAGGAGAUCAAUCAGGACCCCAGGAUCUUGCUCAACAUCACUUUGGGCUACAACAUCUAUGAGACCCAUUUUGAUGGGAAAAUUACUUCUGAUGCCAUGAUAGAUCUCCUAGCUGGUGGCGGAAACAAUAUUCCAAACUACAGCUGCGGAAUGCGGAACCGCCCACUGGCCAUACUUGAAGGGGCUGAAUCUGACAUCUCCACCCAAAUUUCAACCACUUCUGUCAUCUACAAAGUCCCACAGGUCAGUUACAGAUUCGUUGUUCAUGAUCAUAAUGAUAAAACUCGGCUUUCCUUUGUCUACUCUGUGAUCCCAAAGGAAGAAACCCAGUAUGAAGGGACUGUGAAACUGCUCCUGCAUUUCAGAUGGACUUGGGUUGGUCUCUUUGCUCCAGACAAUGACAAUGGAGAAAGGUUCAGCAGGACCUUGACACCUAUGAUGCUGAGGGAGGGCAUUUGUGUGGCCUUCUCAGAAAGACUAACAGUGCAGCAGAGGGAGCCAUUCUACUUCCAUUCAUCUUUAAUGUGGAAUCAAGUCAAUGUAUUCAUUUAUUAUGCAGACUCUCACAUUUCUUUUCAUCCCAUUAUUAUUAUACAAGAUAUGCUUAAUGAGGGCUUUAAAAAAAUGGCUGGAAAAGUGUGGAUCAAAACAGCUUUUCAGGACAUGACCAUAAACCUAAUGUAUAAACUUAAAUAUUUCCAGCACAGUCAUGGUUCAUUGUCCUUCAUUAUGAAGAUGAAUAACAGGACAACAUACGAGUCCUACAAAGCAUUCUCCCUUGCUAUUAACCAGUUUUGGAGGAAAGCAUUUCAAUGUUCAUAUUCAAAACAUGUGUUGUCUGUGAAAGGCUGGAUAAGAUGCAGAGAGAAUGAGAACCUGAAGGUUCUUCCCGAAGAGGAACUGGAGAGUGUCCUGUCUCAAGACAGCUACAGUGUUUACAGUGCUGUCCAGGUUGUGGCCCGUGCCUUAAAUGCUGCAUACUCAUCUCGAUCUAAGUGGACAGUGAUGGGGGGAGGAGACAGAUUGCAACAUCGAAAACUACAGCCAUGGCAGGUCAAGUGAAAAUUGGGAGCGUGGAGAGACGAGCACUCACUGAUAUCAAGUUCACCUUUAACCCGGAAGUCAUUGUGUGGCCUGCACCAUAUAAUAAGACUGUACCUCAUUCCAGAUGUACAGAAAGUUGUACACCUGGGUAUAUGAAAGUGAUUAAGGAAGGAAAACCAGUUUGCUGCUAUGAUUGCACUCCAUGCCCAGAAGCAACAUUUUCCACUCAGGAAGAUGCAGACCAUUGCCAGAAGUGUCCAGAAGACCAGUACCCACAUAAGGACCAAGAUCAAUGUAUCCCCAAAGUUAUAACUUUCCUGUCCUAUGAAGAAUCCUUGGGGAUCAUCCUAGCUGCUUUUGCCUUAUAUUUCUCAUUCACCACAGCUUUUGUGUUAGGAAUCUUCAUUAAAUACCUGGACACUCCGGUGGUCAAAGCCAACAACCGGGACCUCUCCUAUAUUCUCUUGGUGUCUCUGCUGCUUUCCUUUUUGUCCUCCUUUCUGUUCAUUGGUCAGCCAAGGAAAGUGACCUGCCUUCUCCAACAAACUGCCUUCAUCAUCAUCUUCUCGGUUGCAGUCUCUUCUGUAUUAGCAAAAACCAUCACUGUAGUGGUUGCAUUCAUGGCCACCAAGCCAGGCAACAGGAUGAGGAGAUGGCUGAGGAAGAGUUUGGCCAACUCCAUUGUAUUUUGCUCUUCCAGCAUUCAACUUGGCAUGUGUACUCUCUGGUUAGGAAUCUCUCCUCCCUUCCCAGAAUCUGACAUGUACUCCCAGGCUGGACACAUCAUCCUGCAGUGUAACGAAGGCUCAGUCGCCAUGUUUUAUGGUGCCCUUAGUUACCUGGGCUUCUUGGCUGCCAUCUGUUUCACAGUGGCUUUUCUGGCCAGGAAGCUGCCUGGGGCAUUUAAUGAGUCCAAGUUGAUCACUUUCAGCAUGUUGGUCUUCUGCAGUGUCUGGGUGUCCUUUGUGCCCACAUACCUGAGCACAAAAGGAAAAUACACGGUGGCUGUUCAGGUCUUCUCUAUCUUGGCCUCCAGUGCUGGGUUGCUGGGCUGCAUCUUUCUUCCCAGAUGCUACAUUAUUAUAUGGAGGCCUGAUCUAAACAGAAAGGAACAUCUAAUGAUAAAAGUGAAAGAUGGGUUCUGAUCUCUAGUCCAAGGGACAGACAAGAAUUAUGUCCCACCAGAAUUUAGACAAGACCACAACUUCUGUUUAGGCUGAAAGAUUGCUUGGAAUGGAUUCCUGACACAUUGCUUUCUAGAGUGUGGAAUAAACUAGUGGCAAUUCCCUCUCAAGCCUUUUGAGUGAACAUCAGCAGGAAUAAAAAAGAUCAGAAGCAUUUGAUGUCACAACAUCAGUAUGGUGAAGAGAAGAAAAUUAUUUUUUUUGCAAAGCUUCCUUGAGGCAGAAUAGUGGUCUUGAUUAAGAGAUCUUAAGCAUGUUUCCAUUAGUACUGCCUUUAAUAUAUUGAAAAGAAUGGAUAUUAUGUUGA